GGGCGGGGCCGCCGCCAGCCGGAAACGCGCGCCGCCGAGCUUCCUGAGCCGCGAGCGUUUCGCUGUCGCUCCAGGGCAGCAUGGGGCCCCUGCCGCGGACUCUCGACUUCUUCUACGAUGUGCUGUCCCCCUACUCCUGGCUGGCCUUCGAGGUCCUGUGCCGGUAUAAGAAUAUCUGGAACGUCAGCCUGCAGCUGCGGCCCACCUUAAUUGCAGGGAUCAUGAAAGACAGUGGAAACCAGCCACCAGCUAUGCUUCCCCGCAAAGCUACAUACUUGAAAAAUGACAUUAGGCUCCUGGGACAGCAUCUCCAGGUUCCCAUCCACUUUCCUAAGGAUUUUUUCUCAGUGAUCCUUGGAAAAGGAAGUUUGACAGCCAUGCGCUUCCUCACUGCUCUGAAAAUGGAACAACCGGAGAUGCUGGAGAAAGUGUCCAGGGAGCUUUGGAUGCGUGUCUGGUCACGGGAUGAAGACAUCACACAGCCCCAGAGCAUCCUGGCCGCCUUUGGGCUACCCGUCACCGUGGCCCACCUGGAUGACCAAGCACACAUGCUGUUCGGCUCUGAUAGGAUGGAGUUGCUGGCACACCUGCUGGGAGAGAAGUGGAUGGGCCCUGUGCCUCCAGCUGUAAAUGCCAGACUUUAAGGAAGCUCCGAGGAUGCAAAACUCUUGGUAUAAAAAAACAGACCAUCUGCUUACCCUCCACUGUGGGGCCCUGGGACUCUGAUUUCCUAGUAGACAGAGGUUCCCCUAUGGCCCUGGGGGAUUCAUCUUCUGCCUUUAGUCUUGUGGCUGCUCCUCUGUGCCUCACAAAUGCCUUUCCAGAGCCCCAAACUCUGCUUUCCACAAAAUAAACCUAAUGACAUUA